AGGGAACAGAGAGCAAGAGGCUGGAGAGAGCUGGGCUGCACACCCAGACCUGGCCCAGACACCCUGUGGGAGGAGAGGUUUUGGAAUGUCCGGCUCAAGGCUCAGGCUAGUAUCAGAUUUUAGGUGAGACGAGAGCCGUGCUGCGUCUUUGAGAAGCUGGUUGCUUCACGUGCCUGAAACGGGGCCCACACCUCGUCUUCUAGCCAGGCUGUGCCCGGGAGGGUGGAGGGAGCCCCCGAGGCCCUGGAGCAGGAGGAGCAGCAGAGAAGAGACAAGACCCCUGCCUGGUGCUGGGAGCUGAAGAAACUCAAUACAAAUAGACCCACAGGAGAUCAGGACUUUGAGUUGGCUUGGAGGGAGCUCGUGGGAGGAUGAGUAACUUUCCUUAAGUAGCAGCCAGCAGAGCCCAGGAGACAGAGAAACAAGCCAGGUUAAGUCCCCAGUGGCGCUUGCGGCCGCCCCAGGGGAACCCGCCAGAGACCUCGCCCCCUCACUGCUCCCUGCAGCCACUGUUCACUACUGACGGAGUCCACAGUCUGUGUUCUCUUCCCCAGGGGUGAAGCAUCACCUCCUUCCAGCCUGACCCAGACAAGGAGCUGAGGGAGAGCUCUGAGACCCAGCUGCUGCCAUCAUGAACUCAGAAGACCUUAAGGAAAGCUCAGAGAGUGAAAACUUUUUUGAGGAUAUCAUUCAGUAUUUGCAGGACACAGUGAGCAGAGAACAGCUGGAACUCCUGCUCACUGAAGAGGAAGCCUGGGAGAGUUUUGUGGCUGAGGCUGAUUUGUCCAGGGAAGAGACAGAUGCACUACAUGAAAAGCUGCUGGAGCUGAAAACAGACUUGGUAGAGGAGGACCAACACAGGCCACAACAGGACCAGCUGGACAGGAAGCGGUUUUUGGAGGAAUUUCCUCGGGUGAAACAGGAGCUGGAGGACAGCAUAGCAAAGCUCCAUGCGCUGGCAGACAAGGUCGACAAGGUACACAGGGACUGCACCAUCUCCAGCGUGGUGGCCACCUCUGCCGGCGCUGUGUCUGGCGUCCUGACCAUCCUUGGCCUGGCUCUGGCACCCGUGACAGCAGGCAUCAGUCUGGGACUCUCGGCCACUGGGUUAGGGCUGGGAGCGGCGACUGCUGUGACCAGCGUGUCCACCAGCAUUGUGGAACACGUAAGCAGGUCAUCAGCAGAAACCGAAGCCAGUCGCCUUGUGCCAACAGAUAUCAAUGAAGAGGGGGCGUUUGCAGAGGUUUUACAUAAAAGCACAACCCAGAUUGUUUCCUCUACAAAGAACCUCAUCCAAGCCUUGCAAGGCAUUGGGAAAAAUGUUCGUGCCAUCAAGCUGGCCAAAGUCAACCCUCGCUUAGCGUCCCACGCUAAGUGCUUCAUGACUACGGGGCGAGUCUCCAUCCAAAGAGGCAAGCAGGUGCAGAGAGCAUUUGGAGGUACGGCUCUGGCAAUGACCAAAAGCGCCCGGAUCGUGGGUGCAGCCACGGCAGGUGUUGCCCUCCUGAUGGAUGUGGCCUUACUGGUGAAAGAGGCAAAGCACUUGCAUGAAGGGGCAAAGACAGAGUCAGCAGAAAGGAUGAGGCACCUGGCCGCGGAGCUGCAGAAGAAGUUGGAAGAGCUCACCCGGAACUAUGAGAGUCUGCAGGAGGGCUGGACUUGGCCCCUACCAGGGCAGUGUAGGGAGCAGGGACAUGUGCGGGGCCAAGAGAAGAAGGUACCUUCUUAGAGGGGAAGCGAGACAGAGGGGGAAACUGGGCUGGUCUCCUGACUUGUUUUAGGCUAUUGUCUGGACUAUGCCAUUUUCCCAAAGGAAGAGAAAUCCUUAAAUCCUCUUGUAUUCAAAACAUGUCAUUUUCUUCCCUAACUUCUCCCUCUUGGCUCAAGAUGAGUCACAAAGCUUCAAGUACCACUGUUCAAAAAGUAUUUUUUUAAAAAAUACAGAAUAAGUGUCACCAAUUUGUUCAUGUCUCUA